UUAGUUGCUGUACUGAUGAAGCAAUUCAAGUCCUGCUAGCAUUCGAUGUGCGUAGACCAAUCGAACAGAAUGUGAGCAGAAUUUAUGAGAAACUAUUCUAGAUUAUAACUCGUAGAUUAACGUAGAUACAGAUUCAUAGGUCGCAAAGUAUUCAUAAAUAAUUAACCAUUCAUUAAUCUUUGAGGAGUCAUCAAUCUUCAGAAGAGAGGUUCAUAGGCAUUUAUUCCAUGUUGCUACAUAGCAAUUUUACACAAUGUAUUGUAGUUUGUUGUUUUGAUUUCUUGCACAAUCUGCCGCUUAUCAGUGGAAAGCAUUGAUGCAAAUUUCAUUUCGUUGCUGCAUUGUAAAUAGAGAUUGGGCACUGUUUCGAUUGCAGUCAGCUGCUCAGCUUGACAAAUCAGCUGUUCUUCACGGCAGCAGUACAACAACGUAUUGGUGCAGUUGUAUAAGCAAGAUAAUAGACACAAACAAUGCUGUUUUGCCGAUGAUGAGAUGCCGCAUUAUGUAAUAUGUAAAUCCUUGCCAAUAUAGUGACAACAACUUUACAACAACAAGCGUUCUUGUGCGGAUGUAAAUGAAUCACUUUCGGAACAAUUUGUCCCGGUUUCGGUUGGUGACCUUUGAUGUUACCGAUACACUUCUGGAAUAUGCAGUGCGUCCUGAGCGGCACUAUGCCCAUGUGAUCAACAGCGUGCUGGAACCGCGUAUCGGUAUUACCCUGCUGGAGGAGCAGAUUAGUCGCUCGUUCGGUCUCUGCUUUCGGACGAUGAAGCAGCAGUAUCCGAACUUCGGAUCCGGUCGAAAACAAACAGGACAGCAGGAGUUAGAGGAUGAAAGUUGGCGUUGGUGGUGGCGAACAUUGGUGGAACAAGUGAUAGUGGAUGCGGCCGCUAAUUCCAAUUGCCACAGCAUUCCUUCUCCAUUGCUGAGUAUAAUCGCGGAGCAGCUGAUAGAUGACUACACCUUCGACGGAAAGCGCGUUUGUUGGCGUCAGCGACCCGGUGUAGACGAGUUCCUUCGAAAGUUGCGCACUCCACCAUCUACCCAAACAUUGGGUAUCGUAUCGAACUUUGAUCCAAGGUUGAAGAUCAUUCUACGCAAUAAUGGCAUUGGACCGACCGGAGAGGUGGUCGAUUUCGUGCUGACUAGCUACGAAGCCGGGGUGGAAAAGCCUGACCCAACAAUAUUCGAAACCGCGCUACGAAAAGCUAACCAGCUACAGAAAGGGCCAGAAAUAAAGCCCCAAGAGGCAUUGCAUAUCGGCAAUUUGUGCCGGGAGGAUUACAACGGAGCGACCAGUGCCGGUUGGUGUGCGCUGCUGGUGAAUGUACCGCCGAACGAAAAGAAUCGGAAACUCUUAACAGCCAUUCCCAGUGGGCAUGUCUUUGCCGGCUUGCCCGAAUUGCAGCAACGGCUUGAGAGUCCUACUCCGUUGGUGUGGUAGAGAGGCUUUCUAAUUAUGUAUAAAUUAGUGCAAACGCUGUAAAAACAGUUCAUCUGAAAUUGAUUUCAUCUUGAAGAACAUGAUGUGUUAGCGAAUGUACAAACUCGACUCUGUCGGUAUAAUUCUAGCACAGGGCACUAAUGAGAUAGAAGAAGAGAUUUUUCUACGAUGGCAUUGUAUUUUGCCAUAGAUUUAGUUUUCAUAUUAUCAACAUAAGCAAUGUGUUUGGAAGAAAACGGAACAAUUCCGAAACGUAGGCCUCACGAUCGAAUUUAGAAUAUGUAAAUCGAAUAAUUAAUACAUUGUUGAGUAA